CAACAAGCAUGUAUAACGGAAUCGGCUUGAGUACACCUCGUGGAUCUGGUACCAAUGGCUAUGUCGUUAGAAACCUUUCCUUUGUCCGACCACCACCUACUGACAGAAACGAUCGAUUGUCGAGCCAUGAUUUCAAAGCCCCUAUGCCUGAAAUAAGACAACCUAAUCAAGAAAUUCUUCUUCAUGAUCGUAAACGUAAAGUUGAGGUUCAGUGCAUGGAGCUUCAGAUCGAGUUGGAAGAUGAAGGUUUGAGCGAAGAUGAGAUUGAAGAAAAAGUACAAGAGCUGCGCACUCGGUUAAAUAAAAAUAUUGAUAAGAUCUUACCAAGAGAUGCGAAAGAUUUGAUGGAGCACGAGACACAUCAACGUACAGCAGCCAAGGAAAUUGAAAACAAGAAGAUGAUGAAGGCAUUAAACAUCAAGAAAGCAGAUUAAGUUGUGUGGCAUUAAUAAAUUGACUUUUAUGAAAUCUUAUUCUUUCGCAAGAUGCAAAGAACGCAAAUAGUAUAGUAUGUGCAAAGCUAUCCUUGACAAAUAUGUAGCCAUCCAACGAUAUAAUACUACCAGAAAACUAGCCUUUGACAUAUCUAAUACAGAAAUAAAAUUCUUGCGGUUCAUGAAAGUUUUAUGCU